AAAAAAGCAUACUAUUACAUUGCAGCUAAUAAUGGAGACCUCUCGAGAAAGCAGCAACUUCAGUGAGAAAGUGGCGUUCCUGGCCCCGGCACAGCUGCAGGAGCUCGAGCCACGCGUGGCCCGCAGACGCCUGUCCCAGGCUCGCCACCGAGCCACCCUGGCAGGGCUGUUCAGCAGCCUCAGGAAGACUGUUUACUCCCAGUCUGAUCUCACACCCUCAAAGGUACUGGGGCCUGAGUGUGGGGAGAAGGUUCCACAUGGGCAGGGACUGUGGGUCCAGGUGGGGACUGGCCCGGAGCUCUCCCACACCUCCCGGCUUUGGCCUGGGUGAGGUCAGCGGUCAGCUUGGGACCCCUCUCUGUGCCUGCUGCUGCGCAUCAGUAGAGCACGAGCACCAGGCCUUACCUAUGUG